CUGACUCUCUCUCUCUCUUAAAGACAAACCCAGUUUGUUCUUAAUUCUGUAUCUCUUCUCUUUCUCUCUCUAAAAAGACACAAAUUGAAUUGCAGAAGAAGAGGAAGAAGACAAAUCCUCACUCUGCUUAUCAAAGAUCCUCCGAAUUUACACACAGACGCAUGAUUUACCCAAUAGAAAAAUGCGACGACUCUAAUUUCCUCCAAAUUUAUCUCCAUUAGACCUCUAGAUAUAGCUACAUAUAUAUCUGUUUUGUUUGUAGCUGUAAAUACACACAAAAUGAGGUGCAAAAAGCACGCCGCCGAUCUCAGCAGCGGCGUCGGCGUCUGCGCCUCCUGCCUCCGCGACCGCCUCUUCGCGAUAAUGGAGGCGCAGGCGCUGAAACAAUCGCAGCAGCAGCAGCAAAAUCCACCGCCUCUCUCUUUCCCGCGAUCCGUCUCCCCUUACAUCUCCCGCCGGCCAAUCCACGGCCACGAGCGGAGCCUCUACACCACGCCGCAGCGUGCCCCCGCCGCGGCGGAUGACAUCAGCCACGGGAAAGGCCACCGCGGCGGCAGAUUUUCGUCUCUGUUUUCAGGUCUGUUCAGAUCGAAAUCUGACAAACACGAUUUCAAUUCGAGCUCGGAUCAAGGGGCUUCCGGUCAAUCCUGCUCCGCCUCACCGUUUCGGUUCUCCAGCAUGAUCCCCGGGCGGCGGAGGAAGCAGAUUCGGUCGUUCUCGGUGGACGAGAGCUCGAUCGGAGCGCAACAGAGAUCGUGCCGGAAUCGCGACCGCGGAAUGUCGCCGGCGAGAUGCUCCGACGAGGAGGAGGACGAGCAUUGCCACGGAGGAUCGAGCGGCUACUCGUCGGAGUCGUCGCAGGGGUGGAGGCAGACGCCGCGGAGGACUCCGGCGCGUGCGCGGCGGAGGGGAGGCGGCGGCGGCCAGAAUCGGAACCUCUCAGGAUUGGCGUUCUGCUUGAGUCCUCUGGUCCGAGCCAGCCCGAGCCGGCAGUGGAAUCAGAAGGGGAUUCCGCCGGAGGCUGUCCUCCCCGGCGAAACGAGGGUUCCGGCGAAGCCUCAUCUCUCCGCAGCGGCGUCGUUUUGUAAGAACCGGUCGCGGAAGCUCGCCGAUUUCGGGAGGUACAAUUCAAGGCACUGAGUUCAUUCGCCGUUGACUUUGACUUUGCCGAUUACGACGCUAUGCUUUUACGGUUUUGCCCCGCAACUCGUGUUGUGACCGUUUUGUUUUGGUAUGUGUAAUUGGAAAAAGUCAGUGUUGAAUUGGGGAAAAUAAAGGGGGGGAAAGGAAUAUAGUGAUAUUUUGGGGAUGAUUUAUUUAUUUUCGUAAUAUAUAAAAUUACGGAAAUGCCCUCGGAGGGGCUAAGUGGUUUUAGUUAGGUGAUCUUAAUAGAGUUGAAUUUUGAGUGUGAUUAUUGACAGGGUUGACAAACUAUUUGUUUGGAUUAAAAGUGAAAUAUGUGGCACCGUUUUAAAGAGUGGUAUGUAUGCUUCUAAA